CUCGUUCUUUGAGCAUUGAAUGUCAAAUCCUGGUUUGUGACUGCUGAAAAGCGUGAAGAAAUUUCCUCCAUGGCCCUCAAGUCAGAAUUUUCUGCUGGUCUCUCUGUUUGCAUUGGGAAGUUUUGGGAAAACGUGGACGACAAUUUCUCUGACUUCACCGUCUGUGUAGAGGAUUCUCAGUACCGGUGUCAUCGCUUCAUUCUGGGAGCAGUUUCGGAGUUUUUUCGUGCCUUGUUUCGCUCAGGUAUGCAGGAAUCUGAGCAGAACUCGGUAAAGCUAAGAAAUAUUUCAAGCCAGACAUUUGAGCUUGUUCUCAAGGCUAUUUAUAAGAGCCAGGAUGUUUUAAAUAACGAAAACAUUUAUGAAAUUUGGCACACAGUAAACCUACUACAGAUAGAUUACCUAAUAGCGGAGUGCGAGAAAUUCGUUCUGAACAUUCUGUCUUUGAACACCUAUGAGAAAAUUUACGAUAAUGCAACAAUGCUUGAUUCGAAAAAGGUAUUAAAUGCAGUCUUUGACUUUAUAAAACUGAACUUUCGCGCAUGCCAAAAGAGUGAAACUCUUCUCAAUAUGUCUAUAAAUAACGCCUUAAGUAUCGUGGAAAGCCAAGAGCUUGUAGUUCAGUCAGAAGAUUUUGUUGUUGAGUACAUCCUCAACUGGGUGCAGUAUCAGCCUUCUAGUACAAUGUCUAGUGCACUGGUUGAUGAAACAACCAAAAUCAUCACAAAGAAGAAAACAGAACAAGAACUAGAUGAUUCUAGCUUUUCAAAAACAAAUACACAUUUAGAAAGCAAAGGUAUAUCAUGUGCUACCGCGGAUGACGACAAAUGUAUGAUACAAGUUUUAGAAAGUGAAAGCAAUGAUCAAAGUUUUCCCAAAGAAAGACUUAAACAUCUCGUGCCGCUGUUAAAAGCUGCCAGACUGUGUUUAGUGAGUGCUCACUGUCUUCAAAUGAUGUUUAAUCACGUGAUUUUAAGAUCUAAUGACGAGGCCAGAAAGAUGAUCUUUAUGUCGUCCAUUUACCAGACGAUGGAAGAUUCCCAAGGACAGUGGCCAGAUAGAGCUGUCCACAGACGCUGCAGUGAUCUCGUCAACGUUGGGAUUUGUAUAGAAGGAACACAGACUAUCCGAAUAUUUUCCUUUAUUGAUCAACUUUGGUAUCGAUUUUCUUGCAGUUCGUGUGUGAUUAGAUAUGAAAUUUCAUGUUUUAACACAGCGAUACACGGGUUUGAGCAAAGUAAUAAACGUAUUUACCGUUUUAAGGGCGAUAACUGGGAAACUGUAUUAAGCGGGAUUAACAUUUAUGAACCAAACGCAUUGUUUCUCCUCCCGGCUAUGAAAUCACUCUACAUAUUUAACCCCAGUGAAAACAAACUCUACAAAACUGAACAAGAUUAUUGCCUCCAAUUAGUCACUGAUUAUCCUUUUCAAAAUAAAAUCGAUCACGUUGCUAGUUACAGGAACACAUUUCUGGUCUUCCUCACAGAGUCCAUCACAGAAAAUAUUCUUGAAACAGCUGUGUACAGUUUUGACCUCAUUUCAAAAACCUGGACACGGUUAAACAACCUGGAAGGUUCAGCAGAAAACAUGACAGUUUUCAGUGCAGAAGAGAACACGUACAUCCUUCAAAACAAUGGAGACUUGUGGCGAAUUAUUACCACACCAAAUAACAAACCAGAUUUUGUUUUCUUAUCGAAACUAUGGGACUUUAAAUACCAGAUUUAUGGCGCCAUCACCUACAAAGGUGAGCUGUUUAUUGUGGGCGAGGACCUGCAGGUAAAACCUGCCGAUAAAAACUGGCCAGAAAAAACUGAGCAGUUUACAAAAAUACACGUGCACGGAAAAGUCGGCGUGUUCUCCAGGUUUGUACCAUGUAUUGUACGUAAGAGUUUACUUCUUAAAGGCAGCGCAAGCACAAGUCUUUAGAGUAAAUCAAGGAUACUUUGUUUAUCUUAAAUUAUUUUCACAUUUUUCUUAUUUUGACUUUUAAUAUAUCUGAUAGCACUGUAACUUGAUAAAAACUCCCUUAGGUUCAGUUGUCUUUUAUGCCUCUUGUAUUGACAAACCGGUCAGAAAUAUUUUCGAUUUCGAGUGUGGUCUGGGAUCCACUGUCUUCUUGCAGGCAUUAUUGAACAUUGCCAGGACAAUUCUUAACGAUUAGACGUGUUGGCAUCUUACAUUUGUAUUACUCGCUUUUCUAUAGGUCGUUUGGUGUGUUAACUUUUGGAGAAAUAUCGUUGCAACAAAUUUAACAAGCAUUUCUAGAUGUGUUUUACGAUUACUAUUAUUUAUAGCAAAGCAAAAUAUUUUCUGCUUACUUUUAUUGUAUUUUAAACAUUGCAAUUAUUAAUUUUUAUACGACUGUUCUCUCGCUUGUCUGUCUACUCUACAAGUCGCCCAGGCUGUCUGUAGGAUUCAACUUUUCUAAACUUUUAAUCUUUGACCAUUCUAUAAGAAAUACCAACCCGGCAUUGUUUGUAUUUCCUUCAAUUGAGCCUUCCGUCUAUAAUCAAAUACAGUAGUAGCAGGGGUAUUGCAAUUAGCUUGUAUGCUGCUUUACUCAUUAAUCCUCGAUAUUAAUCGUCAUGUUUCUGUCGUGUCAAAGGAAGGCAUACAUUUCUGACACGAUUGAAAGUAACUUUUCAGAUUGGUUGUUUUACUAUGUUUAAAAGUAUCUCCUUUUAAAACAUUGGCUUCUAGGAUAGAACUUUUUUUACGUGGUUUGUUUGUGAAGUAGAGAUUACGCAUUUUCUGUCACAAGCAUGCUUUUUUAUGCUGUUUUUCUUAUAUCCCAUUCGACGCCCAAUUUUUGGGCCCAUUUGCUGAGCUUGUCAAGUGAUUCUUGAAGCCAAAAUGUUCAUGUGUCAAAAUGUUUAGAUGAUUCGAUACUAAGAUUAUUUAAAAAUCGAAAUGUAACUGUUUUAGGAUUUCUAUUAGUAAAUUACAUGAGCUUUACUAAUUUAUUUUUCAAUAUGUUUGUUAAACUUUAUUUUUAAUUUGCUUGAUCAAACUAUUUAAGGUUCACUUCACUUAAUCAGAUAAAAACGUAUGACAAUUUUCAAUUGUUUUUCUCUCUCUAAUUUUAGCCUCAGUAUGAUGAACCUACUCAUGACACUCAUUCAUCUCACAUAUACCUAUCAGGUAUUCAUUCACUUCUUCACUUCUUAUUUUCACCCGUACUCUCCCCCACCAAUUAAAAUAUCCAAAUCCUGUUAAACUGUCUCGUUAGCUUGGACUUUGAAUUGAAAGUAUGUGUACGUCAAUCAACAAUCACGACAUAAAGCAACAGCCUCCAGUGUUUCAUUUAGUGUAACGAAAGACUUUUUGAUUAGACUAGACCCAUAAGGUUGCAACACACGUCUAUUUCUACCCUGGAUCUCAUCCUUACUUUGCAUCCUAUAAAUCCAGUAUUAUAGUAACCAGUCAAUUUAUUUUCUGCUAUCAGAUUAUUGUCUUUCAAACAUAAAAAAACACAUUAAAUUAAAAAUGUUUUUAUUUUUAUCAAAAUUAGUGAUUGGUUACGUUUUCAAAAGUCCACAAAGAAAGACGAAUAAUUAAAGUAAAAUAUUUAAAAAUAUUAACACAUUGACAUAUCUAAUUAACUAAGUUAUUGUCUGUGCCGAAAAACCAUGAAGUAGAAAAUACACCAAUAAUUUUGCAUAUGUCAUUUUUAAUGUGAAUGAUUUUCUUUAUAACUUUAUUGCCAUUUUUUUUGUAAACUAUGCAUUUUUUUACAAUUAAACUUUUGUAUUAUUCGAUUUGUUUUCUUCAAACUGGAAUUGCAGCAUAAUAGUCGUUAGGUAAACACUAUGCAUGCUUCCCAGCUUCGCUUAGGCUUUCGAAAACAUUGAAAAUAUGAAUGCUUAAAAAAUUCGCCCAUAUAAG